CGGGAGCCGCAGCCGGGCCCGACGCGGGGCGCCUGGGCCGCGGCGGCCGGCGGGCGAUGCUGCAGCGGCCCGAGCAGCCAUGGAGGCCGAGCCCGGCGGCCUGGAGGAGCUGACGGACGAGGAGAUGGCGGCUCUGGGCAAGGAGGAGCUGGUGCGGCGUCUGCGGCGGGAGGAGGCGGCGCGCCUCGCGGCGCUGGUGCAGCGCGGCCGCCUCAUGCAGGAGGUGAACCGGCAGCUGCAGGGUCACCUGGGCGAGAUCCGCGAGCUCAAGCAGCUGAACCGGCGCCUGCAGGCCGAGAACCGCGAGCUGCGCGACCUGUGCUGCUUCCUGGACUCGGAGCGCCAGCGCGGGCGCCGCGCCGCGCGCCAGUGGCAGCUCUUCGGGACCCAGGCGUCCCGGGCCGUGCGCGAGGACCUGGGCGGCUGCUGGCAGAAGCUGGCCGAGCUGGAGGGCCGCCAGGAGGAGCUGCUGCGGGAGAACCUGGCGCUGAAGGAGCUGUGCCUGGCGCUGGGCGAGGAGUGGGGCCCCCGCAGCGGCCCCGGCGGCGCGGGGGGCUCCGGCGCCGGGCCGGCCCCCGAGCUCGCCCUGCCCCCCUGCGGGCCCCGCGACCUGGGCGACGGGAGCUCCAGCACCGGCAGCGUGGGCAGCCCCGAUCAGCUGCCCCUGGCCUGCUCCCCCGACGACUGAGGGCGCCGCUUCCUCCACGCCGACGCCCACCCGGGGGGCUUCGCCGAGCACCGGGACUGCUGCUGACCCCAGGAGCCGGACGCCGCCCCGGCUGCGCACCGGGGGCCUCGGGCGUGGCCAGAGAAGCCCCGGCAGGGAGAAGGGCCCCUCGCUCUCGCUGGCGGGGCGGCAGGGGGACGGUGGGCCGGAGCGGAGGAGCUGGCUGGGGGUGGGGAGGGGGCUAAUAAACCGGGACGGAAGCGGAGCCCGCCGCCUGGGCAGCGUCUGUUUGGGACUUGCGGGGCUCGGGACCGGGUACUAAUCCCUUCCGACGCGACUGCAAAACUAAGGUGGCCGACUCCCCUACCAACUCGAGUUUGGGGUGGGAAUGCGGGACUCUUCCCCCCU